AUGCCGGACCAGCAUUCUCCGACUUUGUCUCCGGCAAGAAGGACGAACCUCUUGACCCUGCCGAAAGCAUAUGCCCUGAAAACAGCCCUGGUAGGACCUCCCGGCCGUAAAAAGGAAAUAACCCGUCUCCCCCCCUGGCUCAAGACGCCCAUUCCGGACUCCUCGAACUACAAACGCAUCAAGAAUGACCUCCGCGGCCUAAACUUGCACACCGUCUGCGAGGAAGCCCGCUGCCCCAACAUCGCCGAUUGCUGGGGCGGCAGCUCCAAGUCUGCGGCGACAGCUACAAUAAUGCUUAUGGGCGACACCUGCACACGCGGCUGUCGCUUCUGCAGCGUGAAAACAUCCAACAAGCCGCCUCCGCUCGACCCGCACGAGCCAGACAAUACAGCUGAGGCGCUCUCGCGGUGGGGCCUGGGAUACGUCGUGCUGACUACUGUCGAUCGGGAUGAUCUCGCAGACGGCGGCGCGAGGCACUGUGCAAAGACAGUUAUGAAGAUCAAGCAGAAGGCGCCGAAUAUCCUCGUCGAGUGCCUGACGGGUGAUUACGCGGGGGAUCUCGAUAUGGUGGCCCUCGUGGCCAAUUCGGGGUUGGACGUGUUCGCUCAUAACGUCGAGACGGUCGAGGCGCUGACCCCUUUCGUGCGUGAUCGUCGGGCGUCGUUCCAGCAGAGCCUACGUGUGCUUAAGGCGGCUAAAGCGGCAAAGCCGGAACUUAUUACGAAGACGUCGUUUAUGCUGGGGCUGGGGGAGACAGAGGCACAGUUGUGGGAUGCUCUGCGGGCAUUGAGGGCUAUUAACGUUGAUGUUGUCACCUUUGGACAGUACAUGAGGCCGACAAAGAGGCACAUGGCCGUACAUGAAUAUGUAAGACCUGAUGUGUUUGAUCUGUGGAAGGAGCGUGCACUGGAGAUGGGUUUCUUGUAUUGUGCUUCAGGCCCGCUGGUAAGGAGUAGUUAUAAGGCUGGCGAAGCAUUUAUUGAGAAUGUGUUGAAGAAAAGGAGGGGGGAAAAUGCUGGAAGUGUGAAUGAGAAGGUGACCGCGAGUGAAAAUGUCAAAAGGACAUUUUUGCUGGAUCAUGGUGCUUUCCGUGUACUUAUAUCCCUGAAACAUGCUUUUCUCCUGCGUGAUGAACUUCCACGUCCCAUUCGUGCUCAAAUUGCCAUGGAUUCUCAGGCACCCACAUGUGCUCGAAGGUCUUUGCUAAAAAUGGGAGUAGCUGGUUCGAGCAUUUUCGAAGCGAGAGAGCUUAGCAACCCAUUGAAGAUGCCACACACAAUCCUGCAUUUCUUGAUCUGGGCGGGGUAUUCAGUAGAGGGGUACCAGAGCCCCUGUGUAAUUCAAAGUGUGUCAGGCAUGGAUACGGAUGGAGAUAGCAAGAUGACAGCACAAUUUUAG